AUGGCAGAGAUAGCAGCUGGAGCCGUUGUUGUUGAACAGGCCGUCUCUACAACUCUUGAAGCCUCAGCAGUUGCUGGUUAUGCUGUCGCCAAACCCACCGUUCCUCUCAAAGCUACCUUCACACAAAUUGCUACUGCAGACAAGGACGAUACUACUCUGGCUCUUGCACGCUCACACCAUACCGUCAGUAUUGCCAAUGACAAGGCAUGUAUCUUUGGAGGUCAAUCCACCAACGGAAAGCUGGCUUCCAACGACAUUCACACUGUGACCCUUUCUCUGAAGCAGACAAACUCAACAGACGUUGCUUAUGCCUGCUACCCAGCUAUUCCUCGCGACGAGGGAGCUGCUGUGCCAAGUCCACGUACAAGACAUGCUGCCUGUGUUCAAGGUCAUGAAUUGGCUGUCUUUGGCGGCUGUGACGAAAACCACUCGCUUGUAGACCAAGACUCUUGCUUGUGGAUAUGGAGCAUCGAGUCAUCAAAAUGGCAUCAGAUUGUAGCCGAUGGCCCGAAGCCAUCCCCUAGAUUCGACCACAGGUUGUUCCACUACGGCGGACAUCUCUUGCUUCAUGGCGGACGAUCAUCUCCUGAGACACAACUCAACGACACCUGGUUCUUUGACAUGAUCUCUCACACUUGGAUCCAGCUGCCUGAUUCUCCAGAGCACUCAGAUAGUGUGGCGUUUGCUGACGGGACACUCUACCUAGUUACCAACUCGCCAGCCGAGAGCAUCACUCAUGUGUACAGACUAGAGAUUGGUGACAGUGUUCCCACCCCUGGAUCGUCACAUGGAUUGGCAUGGGAGAGGAUCACCAAUCCGUCCGAAGUACCAUCUCCAGGACCAGGGGCUCGAACUGGUGGUGCACUAGUACCCGUAACUACUGGAUAUGGCCGUCUGUAUCUUGUUUACUUCUUCGGUAGCAAAGAGGUCCACAAGGAUGUAGAAGAUCUUGAAAAGUCAAUCGAGUCUGGCGAAUCAAGUCGGCCUAUUGAGUCCGACUUGUGGACCUAUCAGCUGCCAUCCAAGUCGACCAAACCUACAACCUGGACAGACUUUAAGCCGGCUGCCAUAAAAGACACUAUUCGAGACAAGCUGGGCUACAAGACUGGCGGUCAUGAGUGGGCCGAAAUUGAAGUGCAGGCCACCGAACAGAGCGGCCAUGAGGGCAAAGUGCAUCCUGGACCUCGAGCAUUUUUCGGAGCAGAUGUCGUGAGAGACGGAAAAAGUGUAGUCAUAUGGGCAGGAGACAAUGCAAGAGGUGAGAAGGAAGCGGAUGGCUGGCUCAUCCACUUUGAGUGA